AUGGUGACGCAGAACCUCACCUCCAUCACGGAGUUCGUAUUGCUGGGGCUCUCCGACCACCACAAGACGCAGGUCCUGCUCUUUGUGGCCAUCCUCAUCACCUACUCACUCACCCUUGCGGGUAACGGAGCGGUCAUCGUCCUGGUGCGGGCCGACUCCUGCCUCCACACCCCCAUGUACUUCUUCCUCACGCACCUCGCCGGCCUGGAGAUGUGUUACGUCACCAGCACGUUGCCCCAGGCGCUGUUUAACCUUCUGUCUGGAGACAGAACCAUCUCCUUUGUUGGAUGCGCGCUUCAAAUGCAUUUGAUAUUGACCCUGGGUGGCACCGAAUGCCUUCUGUUGAGCGCCAUGGCCUACGACCGCUACUUGGCCAUCUGCCACCCCCUGCUGUACCCAGUUGCCAUGGGCAGGGGGAUCCAACGGCAGCUCACUUCCUUCUGCUGGGGGCUGGGCGCCCUCCUUGCGACGAUAAACGUGGGCUGCACCUUUCGGCAUCCCUUCUCAGGCCCCAACCACGUCAACCACUUUGUCUGCGAGUUGCCAGUGGUGCUGAAACUUGCAUGCGCUGACACCCACAUUACAGAAAGGGUUGUUUUCGGGACUGCUGCGCUGGUCUUGCUGGGUCCAUUAUCGGUGAUUCUGACUUCCUACGGGCUCAUUCUGUCUUCGGUAUUAAAAAUGAGGUCAACAGCGGGGUGGCGCAAGGCCUUCUCCACGUGUGCCUCCCACCUGAUGGUGGUUACUGUGUUCUAUGGUACUGUCAUCACGAUGUACAUGCGGCCUGGGUUGGGAUCAGGUUCUGACUUUGACAAGAAAAUCGCAGUCUUUUACAUUGUGGUCACCCCCCUGCUUAACCCUAUCAUUUACACCCUGAGGAAUAAAGAUGUCCAUGCAGCACUAACCAAAGUGCUUCGAAGACAGGGCUUUGGCCAAAAAAGCUGA